UACCCUUAGCGGACGGAACGUACAGAAAGAAAUGAGAAAAAGUUUCCCGCCAUGGCGAGUACGCAUCUUUCAUUUUAAGGGUUGAAGGACCUUUUAGCAUGCAUGCCUACAGUGAUGAAAUUAAGGAAAUAAUGAGGACUGACACAGUUGAACCCCAGAAUGAAGAAAAAACUGUUGAAGAAGAAAACACAGAUAAUGAAGUAGCAAAUGGAGCAGCUGAUGGAGAAACCAAAGGAACAAAGGAAAGGGAAUAUAGCCACCCAGUUUAUAAACAAAUAGCAUUCUUAAAUGGAAAAAUCAACAGUUAUUCAAAGGCAGAACUUAUUAAAAAUCUAAAGAUGUUGAAACUUGACACUGAUGGAAGCAGAAGUGUCUUAGCUAAAAGACUGAAAACGUUUUAUAAGAAAACAAUGUUGAACGUCAGUGGGAUACAAGAAAAAAAUGGGAACUCCAAAAUCAGAAUCUUAUUUGAUUUCUAUGUCAUUAUAGACUAUGAAGCAACAUGUGAGCUCCUCAGAAAUUCAAAUUUCAAGCAAGAAAUUAUUGAAUUUCCAGCUGUUCUGCUUAAUUGUCAAAAAGGUGAGGUGGAAGAUGAAUUUCGGUCCUAUUGCCGGCCAGUUCUUAAUCCGUUACUGACAGAAUUUUGCAUGGAACUUACAGGAAUCACGCAGGAUGACGUCGAUACCGCUCCUUUGUUUACUGAGGUUUUGACGUCUUUUGAAGAGUGGUUGCAAAAGAAGAAGCUUGGCACAAAAUAUUCAUUUGCAAUUGUAACUGAUGGACCAUGGGACAUGGGUCACUUCCUUAAAAAUCAAUGUGCACUCUCAAAUAUUGAGUUCCCUACCUACUGCAAAUACUGGAUAAAUAUCAGAAAAACGUUCUCCAAUUUCUACAAUACCGGCAAAUUACCCUUAAGCACAAUGAUUCAGUUAAUUGGCCGUGAAUUUCAAGGAAGGGCACAUUCCGGCUUGGAUGACGCACGAAAUAUCACGUUCAUUGUUCAACGACUGUUGAAGGAUGGAGCGCGAAUAAUUUUCAACGAAAAAUUGGUUGAAGGCAAUGCAAAGCGAAGAGAUGAUGGCAAUCCUUUUUUUUCUGCUCCCGUACACCACACAGAAUUUAAAGCUAUUCAGGGGAAACAUCGACCUAAUUUUCCCCAAAGAAAAUCAUCAAAAGUUUAGUAUUCUAGAAUAUGCUUAAAUUGUGUUGAUGAAUACCCGUUUUAUUGGUGAUAAGCAAAGAUACACGAAGAAUUUCUGGAUUUA